UCAUGGACGAACUAUAUAAUGCGAAGCAGAGCUAUUCCUUCCCUAUCCAGACCACAACUUUUCUUCUGUUCCUUUAUGUCAUAGACUUUUUCCUGUCUCCUUACUAGCCGUACUUCUCUUUUCAACAAGCAUGGCAGCAGCUCUUUUCACAUAUUUAUUCUUCUUUGCUUCCAUCUCUACAACCCUUGCUUAUGAUCCUGACAUGCUUCAAGAUCUAUGCGUGGCUGAUAAAUCUUCAGGUGUUAAAUUGAAUGGAUUUCCGUGCAAGGCUGAGGCAAAUAUUUCAGAAGCUGAUUUUUUCUUUGCCGGUAUAGCAAAGCCAGGAGUUGUCAACAGUUCAGUGGGAUCACUAGUUACAGGCGCUAAUGUUGAGAAAAUUCCAGGCCUCAACACUCUAGGAGUGUCGCUGGCCCGCAUUGACUAUGCUCCUGAUGGUCUGAACCCACCACACACGCACCCACGCGCCACCGAAAUUAUCUUUGUGCUUGAAGGGGAAUUGGACGUAGGAUUCAUCACCACUGCCAACAAGCUGAUUUCUAAAACUGUAAAAAAAGGAGAAAUCUUUGUGUUCCCUAGAGGUCUGGUUCACUUCCAGAAGAAUAAUGGUGACAAGGCAGCCUCAGUGAUUUCAGCUUUCAAUAGUCAGUUGCCUGGAACCCAAUCCAUUGCCUUGACAUUGUUUACAUCAACUCCAGCAGUGCCAGACAAUGUUUUAACUAAAGCUUUCCAAGUUGGUACCAAGGAGAUUGAAAAGAUCAAAUCCAAGCUUGCCCCCAAGAAGUCCUGAUGAUUUUAUUCCUUUCUUGCAAAAAUUUUCAUGCCUAAUAGUAUUGAAUUUAUGUAAGCGGACAUACAGAUUUUUAUGUUUCUUUAUCAACUCAAUAACGGAAUUGAAUAUAAACGGAUACUUGUAAUCAUCUCAUAAUAAAGUGAAAUAAUUCUUCAAAAAA